AUGGAUGAGAAUGAAAAAAUCUUCUGCCUGCAGGUGUGUCUGGAGUACAGCAAGUUUGCAAAGGGAAAAGGUGCAAAAGAGGAAGAUGGGUCUCAGAGAGGCAAAGGGGCACAGAUAGAAGACUUCCUGCAGGAAUUUGGAGACACCAGAUUCUGUGCUGGUAGUAAAGAGUAUUGCAGAAUCAGCUUUGGGAUUUUUUGCUUAUUUGUUGGGUCUUGUGUUUUGUUUUUUGGUUUUUUUAAACAGGAAUCUUACCCCUCUUCAUCACCAAUAUGGUUUGUAGAAUCAGAUGACCCAAACCUGACUUCAGUCUUAGAGCGUUUAGAAGAUAUUAAGAAGAGCAAUACUCUGCUUCUUCAGCAGCUGAAGCGAUUAAUAUGUGACCUCUGCAGAUUAUAUAAUCUUCCUCAGCAUCCAGAUGUUGAAAUGUUAGAUCAGCCAUUGCCAGCUGGACAGAAUGGAACAACAGAAGAAGUUACAUCAGAGGAGGAGGAAGAAGAUGAUAUGGGUGAAGACAUUGAAGAUCUGGAUCACUAUGAUAUGAAGGAGGAGGAACCAGUUGAUGGGAAGAAAUCUGAGGAUGAAGGCAUUGAAAAAGAGAACCUUGCAAUCUUAGAAAAAAUCAGAAAAAAUCAAAGGCAAGAUCACUUAAAUGGUGCAGUCUCUGGGUCAGUUCAGGCUUCAGAUCGACUUAUGAAAGAACUCAGGGAUAUAUAUAGAUCACAGAGUUAUAAAACAGGGAUAUAUUCAGUGGAACUGGUAAAUGACAGCUUGUAUGAAUGGCAUGUUAAGCUUCUCAAGGUUGAUCCUGAUAGCCCACUGCAUAGUGAUCUUCAGGUCUUAAAAGAAAAAGAAGGUGUAGAAUACAUUUUACUCAACUUCUCUUUUAAGGAUAACUUCCCUUUUGAUCCUCCCUUUGUGCGAGUGGUGUCUCCUGUGCUCACGGGAGGGUAUGUCCUAGGUGGAGGUGCAUUAUGCAUGGAACUUCUUACUAAACAGGGCUGGAGCAGUGCCUACUCAAUAGAAUCAGUCAUCAUGCAGAUCAAUGCCACUUUAGUCAAAGGAAAAGCCAGAGUACAGUUUGGAGCCAAUAAGAAUCAAUAUAAUCUAGCAAGAGCACAGCAGUCCUAUAAGUCACUAGUACAAAUACAUGAGAAAAAUGGCUGGUACACUCCUCCAAAAGAAGAUGGCUAACGCUGAGGACUGUUGUAUACCUGGACCAAUGUCAACAAAACAAGCUCUUUUUUAUGUUUUCCAACACACAGACUCAAGCUAUGAGUGCCCCUAUAACAGCUGUACUGAGGACUUUAGCUAUUAGAUAAGUUAGUGGAUAAUCUGUCAACUGACACGUACAGUAUAAGUUACAGCCUUACCAUUCCGCUCUUCUUAGGCAUCUGGACUGAGCAGUUUGGGCCUUUACCAUAUUUGUUCUUAUGGAUUAAGCAGAUUUGGGCCACGCCCUCCCUUCUCCCUUUUUUUAUUUGAAAGCAUAAACUCUCCCUGCAGCAGGCUAUCAACUUACUAAAGAUCAUACAAUAGGAGUGAGUUGUUCACACACUUCUGUGUAUUUCUUACUUUUUGCAAAAUGCAGACUGCAGAGACUUGCAUUGUAUUGUUUCAUUUAAAGCCAAGAAGUUUAAUACAUUGUUUAAUACUGUUUUAGGAAAUGUCAGGUCUUGCAAAUCACAGUAGUUUUUCUGGUCUAAAAUGACAGCAUUUGUAGUAUUUUCCAAAUUAAUGAUAUAGGAAAAACACAUGUAUGUUAAGUCAUUAAACAUUUUUCAUGGCUGUAUGAGAAUAUGAACUGUUUAUUGGAAAAGAUGCUCUUUGUUUAGAUUAUUUUAAUUUUUUGUUUGUUUUUUUUCUUUUUUAUUUUGUUCUGUUUUUUUGUUUUUAUGCAGAGCAAGGCUGUGCCAAUAAAACCUUGUAACUAGUCACUUCCA